UACACAAUACAUGAAACGAUCCGCACGUAUCGCAACGAAAUCUACGAUAAUCUUCAAUUUAAACUAAUUUUUUCGUUAACUAGAAUAGUUCUUUUAUAGCUGUCUGUUGGAUAAGUCGAUACGUUUCUUUUGAGUGAUCGAAACUAGGGAACGUUUGUUCGAAACAACAUUGAAAACAUCCAUUUAGGCCUUAAAGAAAUCUUGGAAAAUUAGACUAACACCCACUCAAAGGUGAUCCAAGGAUACAACACUCACAUAUUUGGUGGAACGAAGAAAACAAGCAACAACGUAUAAAUGGAAAAAACUUCUCGUCCUGUGAGAAAUAGAAGGCAUAGUAGCAAAACAAAAUUUCUAAACAGACGUGCAUGGCCACUGGGCGAUAUAAACCGUCCAAUAAAACGUCUUUUUACACCUGAAAUAAAACGUAUGCUUAAAGAUUGGUUAGUUCGUAGACGAGACAAUCCGUAUCCGAGCCGAGAAGAGAAAAAAGCUUUAGCCAUUAAAACGGGACUGACUUAUAUCCAGAUUUGUAAUUGGUUCGCAAACUGGAGGCGAAAGCUAAAAAAUGCGGGCAGAGAGCCACAGAAAAAGACAUGGGGACAUUUAAUCAAAAACUACAAUACAAGCGCCAACGGCAAUGUCGAACAAUUUAGUAUUUGUUCCAGCGAUAGCAUUUGGGGUGAUGAAGAACGUGCAAAUGCAAUCAUGUACGAUUUCGAUUCGACAUCGGAAUGUUAUCGUAACAGCAUGGACUACAAUUGCAAUGAAUUCGAUGAUGUACAACGGCCACCGGUGAAACAACCUUCCAGCGAUUACAAAGACUGUUAUCACUCAGUUAGUAAUGUUCGAACGGAAUACGAUCAACGGCACAACGUGGCAUUCCCGAAGGAGCAGUGUUUCCAGGUUAGUUCAACAACGAACAGUCCGUCGACGACGGUGACACCGAAUAAUGGUACCGAUGGGAAGACCACAUCCAGUCUGUUUUCGAAUGCAAAAUACAAAAAUCACAUCAUGGAGAAGUAUCUCCGUGGCUUGGACUGCGCAAACAAUAAGAACAGUUCGAGUGGGGGUGUUGAACUAUCAAAAUGGUUAGAAAGCGCUGCCAAUUUUCAGCCGAACAAAAACAAUUACAUUGAAUGGGAGUCCAACAGAAAUAAGACGAACCGGAACAAGCCACAGUUAGUAGUGGACGCAACUAAUCAUGAAAAAGAAGAACUGGAAGCAGCAGAAGCACUGACGAGUUUGGCUGGAAAUUAUCGGAAUAGAAUGAUCGAGCACAGUUGAUCAAUUAACCGUAACAACACACAUUCCACUUUGUUUCGUUUUCUCGUUAGUUUUUACUGGAUCUAAAAAUGACAUUUUCCUUUUUGUGGAGAUUUUUUGUUCUGUUCUUCAACGAAGUUGUAACCAAAAUCUUGUGUAGUGAGUAUAAAAAUUCAGUGAUUUUGAUUGUUUUAGACUAACCGAAUUCUGUUUCUGCUAAUUACGGUUGUGAGUCAAAUAAAUGAAUUUUAGCUUUGUUUUA